UUUUACGUUCAUUAGGGGCGGCGGGGGCGAUAAGACGACGCGACGCGACGCGACGUCACGCGUCGCGGUGCCUCGAUCGCGACAAGAGGUACUUUUGUCAAGAGAACGAAGGAGACAAGAGGCGAACGCGUCAGCAACGGCUGGUGGCAAACAUGUUACGUUCGCGCGGCGGCAGCGAGACGAGAUCAUACGUGCGCCGAGCGAAAAGAUCCCGACCUGUCGUCGCCGCUGCCAAAUAAGUCCGUGCACGCAGGAACAUGGCCUCUUCCGCAAAGAGAUCUUGGAAACUCCAGGAAUUUGUUGCCCAUAUACCAAAUGUCAAUUGCUUGGCAUUAGGUCACAAGUCGGGACGAGUUUUGGUAACUGGUGGUGAUGACAAAAAAGUGAACUUAUGGGCUGUUGGAAAGCAAAAUUGUAUUAUGAGCUUAAGUGGCCAUACCACCCCAAUAGAAUGUGUACGCUUUGGCCAAACAGAAGAUCUGGUAUGUGCGGGUUCACAGACAGGUGCACUGAAGAUUUGGGAUCUAGAACAUGCCAAAUUGGCACGUACACUGACAGGACACAAGUCUGGAAUACGUUGUAUGGACUUUCAUCCUUAUGGAGAGUUAUUGGCAUCAGGCAGUUUGGAUACCGCGAUAAAGUUGUGGGAUAUUCGAAGGAAAGGUUGCAUUUUCACGUAUAAAGGUCACAAUAGGACUGUCAACAGCCUAAAAUUCAGUCCUGAUGGGCAAUGGAUCGCCAGUGCUGGGGAGGAAGGAAUGGUUAAGCUGUGGGACCUAAAGGCUGGUAGACAACUAAGGGAAUUUUCAGAACACAGAGGGUCAGCGAUCACCGUUGAGUUCCAUCCCCAUGAAUUCCUAUUAGCCAGUGGUAGCGUGGACAGGACAGUCCACUUCUGGGAUUUAGAGUCAUUUCAACUCGUAUCUUCUACAGAACAAAGUCAUUCUUCUGCCAUUCGGUGCCUGUAUUUUAGUCAAGGUGGAGAGUGUCUAUUCGCCGGUAGUCACGAUGUUUUAAAAGUUUAUGGCUGGGAACCAGGAAGGACUUUAGACACAAUACCCACAGGCUGGGGAAAGGUUCAAGACAUAGCAGUGGCUCAGAACCAAUUGAUCGGUGCGAGUUUUCACACAGCAAAUGUCACUUUAUACGUAUGUGACUUGAAGAAAAUCGCGCCACUAGGUGGAAUAUCCACCGUGGGCUCGCCUUUCAGUCAUGGGAAUUCCCUGAGGAAGAGCUUCUCCAGGGAACGACCGAUUGCAUUGAAAAAACACACGUUGGACGUACGAACGAUAGAAGAAGCGGAUAAAUCCGGCACAGAUCCGGAGGAUGAGGUCACUUACGCGGAUAUACCCAACGUAACCGAGUACAGAGACAUUUUCCAACCGAGCAGGGCGUUGUCUCGCACUCCACCCCCUGAACUACCUGAGGCUUACGAGGAGCCUCACGACAUAGAUCCGGCGCAGCCGCAGAUACUGCAAAAUCUCUCUACCUCAAUGUCGAAUCUGAGCACGAUCGAACGCGACCAAGUGCCGCCGAUGCAAUCACCCUCUUCCCCACCACCGCCGGCGCCCACGUUAUCGUUAGCGAAACCUGUGCCGGUGCGCAUCCAGCCGAUCAAGUCCUCGCCUCCGGUUCACCGAAACUCGAUCACCUCGACGAGCCAGAUCAGAGCGAACCUGCAGGCGAACAACGGCCUGAGCAGAGCAUCCAAGAACUUGGCCUCUAUACCGCCGUUGAGACAGAACAUCACCCCGUUCCCUGGUAGAAAAACGAUAGCGAACGACACGUUGCCGUUGCCGCCGCAGCCCUUGGGGCCGCAGAGAUCCAACUCGACCUUGACGCCGCGGGUCGCGCCGAUGGCUGCCGUCAUACCCGUGAUGGACGACGGCAAGCUGAAGAACAGAGUACCCAGUCCGGAUUCUCCGAAGCAUUAUCUGAAGAGACAGUGCAACAGGGAUGGCGAGCAGGGAUACGAGAGCGAUUAUCCUGUACAAAUUAAUAGUAUAAGGCACAGUCCAUCCGACCCGGCGCUCAACAGGCCGAACACCGCGCAGUCUAGGUCUACGUCGCUCAAUAGAAACUUCGCUACCUCAACCGCGCUGUCGGCACGCAACCCCUCCACCACCGCGUCGUCGUCCACGAGAAAGCCGAACAAAGCGCAGAUCCCGCCGAAUCCUAAGCUCGACGUGCGCGUCUCGCAGAUACGAAACAGCGCGGAGGACACGGAGAAGGAAGAGCUAGUGCCGAUGAGCGCCGACAAGCCCUACGGAUUGGACGUUGAGAAUUUUUUACCGCACAGUUACACCGGUUCUACGGCGUUGGGAUACCCACAGAUGGGUGUGCUAACGGAAAUGUCCGAGGCCGAGGUAUUAAACAGCAUGAUGCGCAGCCACGAGUCAAUGAUGGCGGUAGUUAAAAGCCGGCAUCGCUCGCUGCAGAUCAUAUACUCCCUAUGGCACAAUAAAGAUCUCAAGGCCGCGGUGGAUUCUGCGGUGACGAUGAACGAUUUGGCAGUCAUCGUCGAUCUCUUGGGCAUACUCACGUUAAAACCAACAAUGUGGAAUUUGGAUAUGUGUAAUUCUCUGCUCGGUCCUAUCAGCGAUCUCCUUCAAAGUAAAUAUGAAAUGUACAUAACGGUAGCUUGCUCGGCGCUGAGACUUAUCCUUCGUAACUUCGCCCCGGUGAUAAAAUCCAAUGUGGAAGCGCCUCUUCACACGAUCGGCGUCGACGUAUCGCGUGAGGAACGGUAUCACAAGUGCCUCUCUUGCUACGAGAAGCUCAUAGCGAUACGGGCGAUUUUGCUGAAGAAGCAGUCAACGACUCCCGGCAAACUCGGUGCCUCGUUUCGCGACCUGGCGGUCCUCAUCAGGGGUCUCGAGUGACCGGAGCUGUGUCGUCUGUGAGACCCUCGUGAAUUCGAGACCACCGGUGUCGUCGGUGAACACUCACCAGGAACGGGCGGGGAACAGCGGAAAGCGAGCCGAAAAACGAGCCUUCUGUCGAGACCGAGCGGCGAAAUUGCGACCGAUCGUCGCCGUGCAGCGUCGAAAAAACAUGAAAGCGCAUUCCUACUGUUGCUCUCUUCUUUCGCCGUCACCGAUCAGCGAAGAAAGCGAACAAAGUCGCGAAAUGUUCAAUACUCUGUCGCCGGGACAAACGAGUCGCGUUGAUGGAAGAAAAAAAUGAGAAGGGUGCAGACCAGAGCAAAAGAGAGAGAGAGAGAGAAGAAAGAUAAAAUUUGUGAUGUGAGAAAUGGAAGAGGCAAGAAGAUCCGUGUCUGGCAGAAAUUCUCGCGGAUAGACGAAGAGAGACGAAGCAAAGAUCGUAAAGAGAAGAAAUGUUGCUGGAUGCGCUUAAUGCUGUACCGAGGCAUCGAGAUCCAAGCAACCCUUACAUUUUUGGAAAUUUUAGAGCUUUCAAGUGUAUACCGAGGCUUCUUUUGUGUAUCCAUUCGCUUUCAAGUCGGCUAAAUUAAAUGAUGAUUUUUCACAAUUCGAUACAUUGCUGUCAUUCGCGGUACAUUGUCGGAGCAAUAAAUCGAAACGAUGUAAUAUCGAGAUUUUUCAGAAGCAGCUCCCUCGACUCGGCGAAAUUAUUCAAGACGCGGACAAAGUCGACAAAUUCACCCUCGUGGGAAGUAUUUUUGCUACAGAUUUUAGAA